GGGAGGGGAGCGCGGGGCGGGACAGGGGCGGCGGCCGCAGCCGCAGCAGCAGCAGCAGCAGCAGCAGCCGGGGCGGUGGUGGCGGCUGCCGGCAGCUGUCAGCGCCCGCUCCGCCGGCGCCGACCACCGCGGCCCUGCCAGCGCCUUGCGGGUAGCACUGGGUGCGCCGCGGUGCUGAGUCGCUUCUUUCUCGCCUUCCCUCCCUCUCUCCGGUGCUCUCUCCCCCUAAAAAACCCUUUUCCUUCCUCCCUUUCGCCCGCCCAUCGCUGACAUCCUCCUCCGGCCGCCUCCCCGCCCCGGGCUGCGCGGCCCCCGCCGCCCCAGCGAGCGCUGCGCACAUCGCCCGAGCUGCAGCACCGAGCGAAUGUAUGAAAACAUGUCCACAAUGGUGUAUUUAAAGGAAGAGAAGUUGGAGAAGCUUACUCAAGAUGAAAUCAUUGCCAAAACUAAGCAAGUGAUUAAUGGACUAGAGGCACUGAAGAAUGAACACAAUUCAAUUUUACAGAGCUUACUUGAAACACUGAAAUGUUUGAAGAAAGAUGAUGAAACUAAUCUGGUUGAAGAAAAAUCAAACAUGAUUCGAAAGUCACUGGAAAUGCUGGAGCUUGGCCUUAGUGAAGCACAGGUAAUGAUGGCCUUGUCAAAUCACUUAAAUGCAGUGGAAUCAGAGAAGCAGAAAUUGCGGGCUCAGGUUCGCCGGCUAUGCCAGGAGAAUCAGUGGCUACGGGAUGAACUAGCCAAUACCCAGCAGAAACUACAGAAAAGUGAGCAGUCUGUAGCUCAGCUGGAGGAAGAAAAGAAACAUCUAGAAUUCAUGAAUCAAUUAAAAAAAUACGAUGAUGAUAUUUCACCAUCAGAGGACAAAGAUACAGAUUCCACCAAAGAGCCUUUGGAUGAUCUGUUUCCCAAUGAUGAAGAUGACCAAGGACAAGGAAUUCAACAGCAGCAUAGCAGUGCAGCAGCUGCUGCCCAGCAAGGUGGCUAUGAAAUUCCAGCAAGAUUACGGACCCUACAUAAUCUUGUUAUCCAGUAUGCUUCCCAAGGUAGAUAUGAGGUUGCUGUACCUCUCUGUAAACAAGCCCUUGAAGAUCUGGAGAAGACUUCAGGUCAUGACCAUCCUGAUGUUGCCACUAUGUUGAACAUACUUGCUUUGGUGUACAGAGACCAGAACAAAUACAAAGAUGCAGCAAAUCUCCUGAAUGAUGCCUUGGCCAUCCGUGAAAAGACUUUGGGCAAAGAUCAUCCAGCGGUGGCAGCAACUCUUAACAAUCUUGCAGUACUUUAUGGGAAACGGGGAAAGUACAAAGAAGCAGAACCGUUGUGUAAGCGAGCUCUGGAAAUCAGAGAAAAGGUCCUGGGGAAAGAUCAUCCUGAUGUUGCCAAGCAAUUAAAUAACUUGGCUUUGCUAUGCCAGAACCAGGGUAAAUACGAGGAGGUUGAAUAUUACUAUCAGAGGGCACUUGAAAUCUACCAAACUAAGCUGGGACCAGAUGAUCCAAAUGUUGCAAAAACAAAGAACAAUCUGGCAUCCUGCUAUCUAAAACAGGGCAAGUUUAAGCAAGCGGAAACUUUAUACAAAGAGAUUCUUACUCGCGCUCAUGAACGGGAAUUUGGCUCUGUAGAUGAUGAAAAUAAGCCUAUCUGGAUGCAUGCAGAAGAGAGGGAAGAAUGCAAAGGAAAGCAAAAAGAUGGCACAUCUUUUGGAGAAUAUGGUGGCUGGUACAAAGCUUGCAAAGUUGACAGUCCAACAGUAACAACUACUUUAAAGAACCUUGGGGCACUUUACAGACGACAGGGCAAAUUUGAAGCUGCUGAAACAUUAGAAGAGGCAGCAAUGAGAUCUCGUAAACAGGGUCUUGACAAUGUUCACAAACAGAGAGUGGCCGAGGUGCUGAACGACCCUGAGAGCAUGGAGAAGCGGCGGAGCAGAGAGAGCCUCAACGUGGAUGUGGUAAAGUACGAGAGUGGCCCUGAUGGCGGCGAGGAAGUGAGUAUGAGCGUAGAGUGGAACGGGGAUGGCACUGGAUCUCUAAAGCGCAGUGGUUCCUUUAGCAAGCUCCGAGCGUCCCUUAGGCGCAGCAGUGAGAAGCUGGUUAGGAAGCUGAAGGGAGGAAAUUCCCGGGACAGUGAACCAAAGAACCCAGGGAACGAAAUAAUUGUCUGACAGACUCGCGAGCUCUGAGUGUCAGUCAUUCUGAUCUGGCGCAUUGAGAUUUGGGACAGAAGCUAGCUAAUAUUCCUGUGUGAAUAAAGAAGCACUGAGACCUUCAAAGCUUUGGUUCCUCAUCCUUGUCCAUAGGAACUCCUAGUUUGUAGAUGUUGUUGGUUUUUUUCCAAUGGACUGCUGUUUUUUUAAAUAGGGACAAUUUUAAACACAGCAUUAGCGAGUGUUUUCUUCUAAGGGAAAACUAUAGAUAUGUAUUGCUCAUUGCACUGCUCCCGUUCAUGCUACUUACAUAAAUUUCUUUAAUAGAUCUGACUAUUACAGCAGCCAAAAAAAAAAAAAAAAGCAAAAUACAAACACAUUCAAAGCAUACCAAAAUGCAAUGAUGUUGGAAAAUGUAAGCAAAAUUAAAUGUGUGGCAGUAAAUGCAUACAGUGCUGGAAUGAGAAGUGGAUAAAUUUAUGUGCAUUACUCUAGAAUUCCAGUUGAGCGUUCUGUAGUGGUGGGGUUUGCCCUUGCACCAUUGAUUCUUGUAAUGGUAGAAGCCUUGGCUAGUAAAACAGCACUUAGACAUGACUUAACCACUAGACUGAGCUAUUAAAUCUUAACAGAAGUGAUGGCUGGGGUAAGUUACAUUUAAGUAGAAUGCAUAGCAACACCUGUGACCAUAACUUUUGAUAUUUUUAAGUCUUAGGGCACAGUAAUCAAUGGAUAUAGGAUGGUUUGUGUACAUUAGAAUAAAUGGAAAAAAACUUUGUAUCAUUGAAGAAUAUUCAAGUUUUGGACUGCAACUGUCCCAGAGCAGCUGUUGCUGCUCUCAGGGAAACAUCGAGCCUCAGGUUGACUGUCUCGCUUGUCCACUGGAAUUCACAAUCCCAUUCUGCUUGCUGAAAGUGCCCAACGUUUCCUUAUGCUGAUCCCAAAUCCUGCCUUUCUCCACACCAGCUGGUGACAGCAGAAGCAGGCACUGCACACCAGGAUGUCACACUGCAGGGUGGCUGCUCUGCAAGGACCACUCCAUGCUAAGGGCCCCUGUGAAAGCACUCGAUGUGUCACUGUAAGUGACCUGUGUGACCACAUAUCCAUGGUAAAUCCCCUUAGGUUAAUAUAAAUAUGCUGUCUGUAUACAGGACUGCUGCUGGAACGAAGUAUGUAUGUUUUAAGGAUUUUAUAGACAUUAGGAUUUCCUUUUGCUUUUCUGUAAAGCUUGUAAUUUUGUUCAUCUUUUGUAAAAAUUCCUAUUUGUGUGAAGUUGGAUGAGAAAGUAAAAAAAACCAAGCAGUGUGUGUAUAAAUGUAUUUGUGGUCAAAGUUGUCAGUUGGAAAAUGAACAAAAUUAACUUUGGGAAAAGCUGGAAAAUUCAUUCAAGGUCAGCACCAACUGAAGGAAGUAAAAUAUAGGAACAUAAGCAAGUUUUAGUAUUUGAACAGGCUGUGAAAAGUCAUUAGAAUUAGUCUUAGUAGGAAUUUUUGACUGGGUUUGCACCUGGUUUUAAGUUGGUUACAAUAACUGAUGCAAAAGUUGUCUGUGUAAUGCACUUAACAAUGUUUACCAGGAGGUACCGUCUGAGCAUCUCUGCAAAGGAAGCUGCAUGUGGUGCACCUGCUUUAGAGACAGUGUAGGAAUGGUGAGAGAUGAUGCUGCUAAUAAUUAUGUAGAAGUUUUAGCACAUAGUGCAAUUCAUUAAUGAACUUGAGCAGGAACAGGUUGUUGCUCGGUUAUCUUAACAAUAGAUACUCAUAUAAUGUUGACUCUUGAGUUUUAAUCUUUUUAUUAAGAGCUUUUUAUAUUAAAAAAAUAUGUAAUAUAUAUCAUUCUUUUUUCCCUCCUAAAGUAAAACAUGUUCUCUGCCCCCACUGGCAAACUGGGCUCUCUGCACAAAGGCAGACUGAGCUGGCUUUGCUGGAAGAACCAUGUCAGGCUGCCAGCUGUGCCCUUGUCCAGCCCCUGCUCCACUUGGAGUCUGGCUUCCAAAAAACCCCCAGAGAACUAUUCAGACACAGAACUGUUGUGGUCAUAUGGUAUUACUUAAACUGGAGGAUGUGAUUCCCAAAGUCAUCUUUCAACAUGGAAGCAAAAUGAUUUUUGCAACCUCUCAAACCACCAAACCUGUGUAAAUAAGCAGUAAAUUAUGUAACCAUGCCAAAUGACAAUGUACAGUCAGUUUCAAAGUGCAAGACUGUGGUAUGUUUAUGGUGAUAGUGAGGGAACUUUCUUGGUCAAGAUCUUGCUGGUGGUGGCAUUACUAAUACUGUGCUUUUAAAUGUUUUAAUCCUUUAUAUAGUAUUUUAAAGUGUGGUGGAAGGUUAAGUUGUUGAGCUAAUGCAUAUUAAACAACUCAUAUUUAAAAGGUUUAUUUAUUUUUCUGAGAAGAAACAAAUUUCAAGACUUCUUUAAUCUAUAAAUCCCUGAGAAUAGUAGUCAAGUCCUUACUGUUAGGAGCCAGUUACCAGUUUGAGAACUUUUAAAAUACAAAAAUCAAAUUAAAGUCGACCUUCCCUGUAUUUGGCUCAUGGAUGAGUUACUGUCAGGACAUGGUUUGUGUGCAUUUAUAUUUCAGAUGGGCUUCUCGGUUCACUUUUACACAAGAUUUUAUUUCUGGAUUUCCUUUUUUAAGGUUCCAGUUAUAGCUAAGUCUGCAUAAAGAAUAUAUUCAGAAUAUCCAGUUGUAUAAUUUUGGGAUGUCUUCAGCACCAAACUAAAUCAACAGCUCUGAUGAAACACAAAACAGGAAAAGUUUUCUUUUCAAAACUGACAGACAUCUUGUUAGGAAAACUGCAACCUUGGUAGUGCAGUUGUUUUCAAUCUGGCAUUUUUGUCCUUGACUAAUAUUUUAAGAGUGAACUUGAAUAAAAAUGUAGCAAGGACUCUAUGUUAGGCCUCAGAUUCUCCUACAAGCAGUGGUGAAUCUGGGUGUACAGCAGGAUGUGGGAUGAAUGGUACAUGGAAUUGUUACUGAUGGAAAGGUGCCUGUUGCCCUUCUGACUCUGGUUAUUGGCAGUAUUUGGUUUUGAGUUUAGAUCUUACCAAACAGUCUUGUAAAAUGUAAUUGUUUCAUGAUUUGCUCCUCUUCUGGAGGAGUAACUGACCUGUUGCUGUGGUGUGUCUGCACUUCACAAAGCAAAAAGAGUCAGUUAUCUACAGUUGGUACUUUUUCUUAUAGACACCUUCAUCCCCCAAGCAUUCCUGAAUCAUAGUAAAUUUAAAUGGUUUUGAGCUUGAGAAGUAUUUGUACUUAAACUGUAUCAUUUGAAUCCAGAGAUUUUGCAAAUGGUGUGGUUCUGUUGUAAAUAUCUAGUAAAAGGUGUGUGCAGUGGUGCAUUGACAGUGUGUUUACAGGAGUUGAUGAGUUUAAGUUACUUUGGUUUUUUUUUAUGCAGGUCACAUGUUGUGUCUGAAGGCUGCUAAGAGUGGCAUUUUUGGUCACAUUAGUGUGUACUGAGAGAAUAAAUGUUAACAGAUAUGAUGCUGAGUUUAGUUUCAUUGUCAUCAGUUUACAGAAGUACACGGGUUGGGGUGUGUGUAAAUAUUUAGAAUUGAGGAAUAUCUCAAACAUGUAAAUUGGAUUAUUUUUUCCCCUAAAACCAUUCACAAUUGUGCCAGUACACUGAAUAGUUAAGGUCAAUUGUUUAAAAACCUGAAACAACAAAGCAAGAAGCCAAACAGAGUGUGGGGGGUCUGGUAGAGUUCCAAAGCUGGAGGGUGCUUGUGCUCACAGUGAGUUGCAACACUUGGUUACAUCUGCUUGUAAAUGAGAAAUAUUUAAGGAACCACAGUUUUUCAAGGGUCAUUUAACAUUUCUUUUCAAAGAGUAGAAGAAUAUUUAAGUAGUCUUGCAGGAUAAAGACUUAAUACAUUCUAGACUGUAAAUCUUCUUUGUAAAAACUACUUCAAUUUUUUUGCUUGUAUAGAAUAAAAAUCUCAGUUGUGAAACCCAAAGAUGAAUAAAGCUCUAUAAAGGGAA